CCAAGUAGGCAAUACUUUAAUUACUACCAUAGGUUGUCAGGUUUUAUCUUUUUCAAUUUUGGAACAUUAACUCAAGUAGACUGAGCUUCGGAAAGAGCAAACCAGCAACUAAUUGAGUUUAGGGAUUGAGUUCUUCCAUCAAAACUAAGCAUAUUGAAAAAUCAGACUUUCUUCUUAAUUUGCAGUUCACAAAAGAUCAAUGAAAAAGAGGCUUUAAUGAAGUAGUAUUGGCCUUUUGAUGUUUUACAGCUACAAUCUACGAUCUGAAGGUAGUAGAGAGCUAAAAAAGCUGUAUUUGACUCUUGCGUUUACGUAUCCAAGUGGUGAUAACAGGAGAGAAACAUAGAGAUCAUCAAGAAAAAUGGCUGAACUUGUUGCCUCUGUUUCUUCCAACACCGUGGGAAACUUGGCAACGGAAUACGCUUCACCUUAUCUUAGCUACUUUUUCCGUUUUGGAAAAAUUGUUGAAGAAUUCAAAAAUCAACGUAAAGCACUUGAAUUGAAGAAAGAUAGUGUGAAAAAUGAUGUUGAUGCAGCUAUAAGGCAAACUGAGGCAAUCGAGAAGGAUGUUGAGGACUGGUUAACAAGGGCUGAAAAUGAAUUGGGAGUAACCCAGAUCCUGGAAGAUGAAAUAGGUCACAUCAACUGUUCCAAAUGGUGUCCUAAUUGGGGCUGGAGAUAUUGCUUAAGUAAGAAACUUGCGAAGAAGACUCUUCUUAUCUCUGAACUUUUAGAGACUUGUAACUUUUCACCAAUCGGCCGUCGUGCUCCUCUUCAAGGAAUAGAGUUCAUCACAUCUAAGGAUUUCAGGGAUUCUGAAUCUUCAAAAUCAGCUUUCAUCGGGAUCAUGGAGGCUAUAAAUGCUAACAUGAUUGGACUGUACGGAAUACCGGGAGUCGGGAAAGUUGUAGCCAAAGAAGUUGGGAAGCAUGCUCUAGAACAAAAGCUCUUUGAUAAAGUUGUGAUGUUUACCAUGUCCCAAAAUCCAAACAUCAACAAAAUUCAAGAUAAAGUUGCAGAUAUUUUUCGUUUAAAAUUUGAAACAAGUAGCCAAGAAGGAAAAGCAGAAGAGCUAUUCAGGAGUAUGCAAGGCGUGAACAAUAUCCUCGUAAUUUUUGAUGACGUUUGGGAAGAAUUUGAACCGGAGACCAUCGGAAUUCCAUUUGGUGUUGCACAUGAGGGUUGUAAAAUUCUUCUGACCACACGUCAUCAACAAGUUUGCACUAUAAUGAAUUGUCAGAAGAAAAUUCAACUUGGUAUCUUAUCUGAAGUUGAAGCAUGGACUUUGUUCAAAGAUAAUGCUGGUGUUGAUGAUGGGCCUUCCUCCUUGAAUGAUGUAGCCAAAGAGGUUGCUAGGGAAUGCAAGGGCUUGCCUCUUGCACUCGUAACUGUGGCAAAAGCUCUGAAGGGUGAAAGUCUAGAUGGGUGGAGAGCCGCAAAUCAAAGACUCAAGGACUCAAGGCAUUUGGAUAAUGAAGAAGUUUUUGGAGGUGUCUACAGUCCUCUUAAACUUAGCUACGAUUAUCUGAAGAAAAACAAUAGCCAAACAACUGAAAAUGACAUCCAAUCGUGUUUCUUGUUGUGUUCCCUUUUUCCUGAAGAUGAUGAAAUCCUUAUUGAGAUAUUGAUUAUGUGCGGAAUUGGUGUGGGGUUGUUCUCUCAUAUUUGCUUAAUUGAAGAUAAAAGAAGGGAAAUUGGUGUAGCACUGACAAAACUCCAAAAAUCUGGCCUUUUAUUGGAAACUGAUAAUGCAGAAACCGUGAGAAUGCAUGAUGUUGUUCGAGAUUUUGCUCAUUGGCUAAAAUCAAUGGGAGAAAAUAGAUUCAUGGUACAAGAUGAGUUGAAAGAAUGGCCUCAUAUGGUUGAAAAUUUUGGAUGUUAUACUGGAAUCGCUUUAUGGAACUGCAGUAGUCACAUAGAUAAUUUUCCAGAUAAAGCGAAACUUUCAAAGCUUAAGAUUUUGGUUGUGAGUGGAAAGGAAAUACUAAGAGUUUCUAGUACAUUUUUUGAAGAAAUGAAAUCCCUUCAUGUUCUAAUUCUCAUAGAUGUAAAUUUCUCACUAGAAGGACUCCAAUCCUUAACAAAUCUUCGAACUCUGUGCUGUAUAGAUUGUAAGCCAGAGAACUUAUCAUCACUGACACAUAUGAGAAACCUUGAGAUUCUUGCAUUGUUUGGCACUAAUACUGAUGAGAUACUUGAAGAUUUAGUGGAAUUGUCUACACUGAAAUCAUUAUAUCUUUCACAUGAUGAAGAGCAACAAAUCAAUUUCCCCCCCAACUUGCUAUCAAGAUUGACAUUACUGCAAGAGCUACAUGUGACAAGUGAAAAUAAUAUCAACUUAUUGGAGUUGAAUUCAUUAUCUCGUUUGACUGCACUAUCACUUACAGUUUCUGCUGAACAAGGUUUUCAAGAGAAUUUUAUGUUCCCUAAACUACAAAGGAACAAUAUUGUUGUAAAUGGCUAUUUUGGAUAUUUAAGGGGUUUAACCUUUAGAACCUUGAAAAUUAAUAAUCUGCCAUCAUUAUUGAGUGCAUUUAAGGAUCUGUUUUGCAAUGUGGAAAAGUUGAGCCUGGAGAAUGUCGAUGGAGAAAAGAACAUUAUCCCAAACUUAUGUAAAAAGAGAGUAAAUGAGUUGACUUCUCUUUGGCUUAAAUCUUGCGAGGAUAUGGAAUUCUUGAUUGACAUAACAGGAGAACAAGGGUCCAGUGUAGCAUUAUCUAAUUUGGUGGAAGUGGAUAUACGAAAUAUGAAUUGUUUGAAAGAGUUGUGCCAUGGUCCACCUCCGACUGGUUUCUUGCGAAAUCUUGAAGAAGUGAGCAUUGAACAUUGUAAGCGUUUACAAGUGGUUUUUCAAAUGAAUAAGAUUUCUGAAAAAGUUGAAAGUCAGGCACCACUGCUCUCAAGGUUAACAAUCUUGAAGUUGUAUUCAUUACCGGAGUUGGAGAGCAUAUGGAAUUUAGAGUCAUCCCAUCAUGAGAUUGCGAGCCUCCGAAGUUUAAAGGUUGUUAGAAUUGGAGAUUGCAGUAAACUGAAAACAAUCUUCUCUCCUUACCUUGCUCUAAGUAUGCUACAUCUACAGGAACUGUACAUAGACUGCUGUGAUGGAUUAGAGCAAAUCAUCAGUUUUGCCCAAGAAGAUGAGAAUCACUAUUCUCUAUGUUGGCCAAAAUGGAAAACUCUUUGGAUCGAAAAUUGUCGAUCAUUGAAAUAUGUGUUUCCAGAUACUUUAUCUCAAGCACUUCCACAGUUGGAAUGUGUUUACCUAAAGAACUGUCCUCAUUUGAUGCUAAUCUACGAUCAGACAGAAGGAAAGGAUGUAACUGGCAAUCACAUUUUGCUCAAUGUGCCGUUUUUGCGAAACUUAUCAGUGAUAAAUUGUCCCCAAUUGACAUGCUUUGUUGUUCAAGCUCAACUGGAGAAAUUAUAUCUUAGUAACGUGACAUGCCGACAAUUGUGUCACAUUGAUGUCCUCACAUUGAAUCAAGACUAUAUAAUAGUUGGGGAUCAUGAAGAGGUAUUUCAGGUUCAAGGUGGGCACUUAUUCUCAAGCUUACAAGAACUACACUUAGAGUGUUUAUCUAAAGUGCAAAUUAUAUGGAAGGAUGUUGCUCAAGUUGUAACCCUACAAAACCUUACAACUCUGGAGAUUAUUGAUUGCAAGAAGCUAAGAUAUAUAUUUUCACCUACAACAGUUUGCAGUUUAUCACAAUUGGUCAGUCUACAAAUCAAGGGAUGUGAGGAAUUGGAGCGAAUCAUUUUACCCAAGGAUCAAGUUUCUUCAUCAUCUCAUGGUGAUAUUGGUCUUCAACCUAUAAGCUUUCCUAAUUUGGCUACAGUUUCUGUUACGAAUUGCGAAAACUUGAAAACUCUUUUUCCUCUUGGAUUUGUCAGUUCUCCUCACCAACUUAAAUAUCUCGUGGUUAAACAAAACCCGAAAUUGGCACAAGUAUUUGAAGUAGAAGAUGGAAGGGAAGUGACAACCAAGAAAGAGAUAAAGUUUGAUAAAUUAGAACGAUUAGCACUUGAAGAACUGGCUUGCCUCGUUGAGCUUUGUCCUAAAGGAUAUCAUUUUGUGUUUUCGGCUUUGACCUUUUUGAUCGUAAGAGAAUGUCCCAACAUGACUACAGGCUUCUUCAUUGAUUCAAACCAUUUUGUGCAUUCCAAGAAAAUAGAGGUAUACACCUUGCAAUCCUUAAUGCUAUUUAAGCCCAUGGCGUUUAUAAUAACAAGCUUGUAAGCAAACUGAAGCAUAUGUAUCUUUUUUUUCUUGCCCUUAUGACACUAAUAUGAGAUACUUAUUUUUGUUUUACAUUAAACUUUUAUUAAUGAUUUAUAAAGGCAA